UUGAUUUAAUUUGAUUCAUAAUUGAUAUAUCUAUAUAAAAGAGCUUGUGGGAGUGUCUAAGCUAGUGAAUUUUCUAUUCUAUAGCUAACAGUAGGAUGUGGGUUCUUAGUCUUGUUUGUUUUGAGGCCUUGCUCAUAGGCCUAGUGUUCUCUCAAGAAUUACCGGCAGAUGCUUGUGAAAGAUUGACUGAAGGAGAUCUGGGAACCAGGGAGUUGUCUCAAACUGGUUUGGUGCCUGCCGCUAUCGUAGCAGAUGGUGAUGGCAGUGCUGUUGUCUUUGCCCGCCUGAUUCCUGGUAGUAUAAACAUUGUGUGUGAAGCCCAGCACGAGAUUCGAGACAGAUACAGAUACACAUCAGUUCUCUUUUCUUAUGCCUGUUCUAGUGGUGCCAUGGAAUGUGAUAAUUCUACAAUCACAGCCCAACUAACUUUGAGCUGUGUGGGUCGUGCCUGGUCUCUCAGUGUCCAGAACACUGAUGCUUCUCCCCUAACACUAGCACCUUUGGCCACUGCUUCAACUUCACUAGCCUCUGCUUGUUCAUUGUGCAUUCCUCCAACCGCUACUAGUAUUGUUAGCGGUUUUGGUUUGGUGGUUUCAAACGUUACCCAUUGUGUUGAAUGUGAAAACUGUACUGUUGGUCUUGGACGCUGCUUUGGCGCAGAUUUUACUGACCAGACUUGUUGCAACUACUUUAACGAGAGUAGUUGUGUUGAAAACUGCCCUACAGGUCAGGUACCUGGUUCCAACUUUGUAUGUGGUGCUGAAUGUUCGACACUGAAUGAUGCAAACGGAGAGUUUUCGUAUAGUGAUGCUACAGGCAUUGGUAGUGUGGCCACUCUUACGUGUAAUAACGGUUUUCAAGCUAACAACUCACCAGCUACGUGUACCCAAUCGGGUCAAUCUGCUGACUGGAGGACUACCGCACCAAAUUGCACACCUCUCUGUGAUCUGUUGCCUGUAUUGGUUAAUGGAAACAUUUCCUACACUAAUCCCCCUGGCGAACUUGAAGCUGGCACCGAAGCAAAUUACAACUGCGACCUAGGAUUCCUGAUAGAUCCUGAGAAUGGAAAUACUAGAACAUGUCUGACUGGUGGAACGUGGUCGGGCACUAGCCCAACAUGCCAGGCAGCUCCAUCGAUCUCAUGUGACACUGGCUGUAUCAUCGGACUCGCAGUAGGAAUACCAUUAUUGAUCAUUUUGAUUGCACUGGUAGUUGUGCUUGUUACUGUCUUUUGUGUGAGCAGUAACAAGAAGAAAGGAGUUGUAUAAAACACACAAUAUUGUAACUCAAGAUAUAAUUAUAUAGCUAUAGUUUAUAUUAGCAUGAGAGUGCAGCAGUUCUAGUUUUAGAUGGUUUUUACACACUCAAUGUAGAAUGUGCUGUACAUGUGAUUACUCUAUAGAGUCAUGGACAGGUGAAUAUGAUCUGUAAACAUC